AUGCUGAUAUCUCUCGAAUGGCUGGAAUUUUUCCCUUUGGUGUCUCAAAUAGCCCUCCCAGGAACAACCUCCGACCACUGCCCGGUGUUUCUGGCGGCUGAGGACCAGAAUCGGGGCCCGAAACUCUUCAGAUUUGAGAUCUCCUGGACUAAAAUCAAAGGUUAUACAGAGAUGGCGGCUGACUGGUGGGACGGAUUCACAAUAGAAGGUUAUGCUGGGUAUAGACUAUGUUGUAAGCUGAGGAUGCUGAAAGAGAAAAUCAAGCAAUGGAAGCAGUUUGAGCUCCACAAAAGGGCACUGGAAUUGGAAGUGUUAUUGGAAGAUUUACAAGCCCUUGAUGUUGAAGCAGAAGCGAGAAUCAGGCCUUCAGAUUUCUUGUCCAGAUGCAUUCAGAUUUUUCAAGCUUUAUUUGCCAGAGGUCUUGAAAAAGAAGUUGAGUGGAAGCAAAGAUCCCAGGUCAGAUGGAUAAAGGAGGGGGAUAGAAAUACGAAAUUCUUCCAUGCUAUUGCAAGUAUGAAUGCCAGGAGGAAUAGAAUCAACAGUAUUGUGGUUGACGGCAGUCGGAUUGAAGACAGGGUUCAAAUUGCUGAAGAGGCGAUUUGCCAUUUUAAAGCUUAG